CGGCUCUCCGGGCCUGGGUCCCCGAGCUGACUGGGGAGGGGGGCCAGCCCCGCGGGCGACUGGGUGGGGAGGAGGCGGGGCUUAGCGGCGCCGGGGCGGAGCGAUAGCUACGAGGAGGCUGAGUGGGCGUGGCUUGGGGAGUGGGCGGGACUGUGGUCGAAGUGGGAGGAGCUUGGGCAAGGGGCGAGGUUUGACGAAGGGGCGUGGCUCCGGGAGACUGGUAGGCGGGCCCUAGGUUGAAGGGUCCCCACUGAGGCUGAGUGGGGAAAAGGGUUCAGUGUGGAGGUGGGAGGAGCUAGAAGAAGGGGUGGAGUUUGUCGAGGGAUGAAGCUUUCAGAAAGUGAUGGGCAUAGUGGAGGAGGGUGGGGUUUAAGCGUGUAAUUUGGGGGCGUCUUUAGUGGAAAUAGCAAGUCUUUAUAACUGCAGGUGAAAUGACUUAGAGAAGAUGGGGAGAGUGUCAGAGAGGAACGGCUGAGGUGGCAAGAGAGGGAGAGUGAUGUGGCCUUGGAAAGAAAGGGGUUUACAUAAAGCCUGAGCUUAAGGAAAAAGCAGGAUUUAGGAGGUGGAUCUUGGAGAAGAGAUGGGGACUUCAAGAGGAAGCUCGGAGGAAUUUAGCAGACAGCAAUUAAUCAAAACAGCUUAGCUGUUGAAUCUUUACUGUGCGGUCAGUAAGCACGUGGCGCGUGUGGCCACAAUUUUGCUUAGUCCUCACCACCUCCUGAGAGAGAGCCCCCACCCGCCACUGCCCUUGCACCGCGCCGCCAUGGAUGACGCGCCACUGCCAGCGCCCCCGCUCCCCGCCCGGGCCCCGGCCCCGGGCCCGGCUCCGCCCGCUGCUGCCCCCCGCGUCCCGUUUCACUGCAGUGAGUGUGGCAAGAGCUUUCGCUACCGCUCGGAUCUGCGGCGCCACUUCGCUCGGCACACUGCGCUCAAACCCCACGCGUGUCCGCGCUGUGGCAAGGGCUUCAAGCACAGCUUCAACCUGGCCAACCACCUGCGCUCGCACACCGGCGAGCGACCCUACCGCUGCUCCGCCUGCCCCAAGGGGUUCCGAGACUCCACCGGCCUGCUGCAUCACCAGGUCGUCCACACUGGUGAGAAGCCCUACUGCUGCCUCGUCUGUGAGCUCCGCUUCUCCUCGCGCUCCAGCCUGGGCCGCCACCUCAAGCGCCAGCAUCGUGGGGCGCUCCCGUCCCCGCUGCAGCCCGGCGCAGGCCUGCCAGCCCUGAGCGCGCCCUGCUCGGUCUGCUGCAACGUGGGGCCCUGCUCAGUGUGCGGGGGCUCAGGGGCGGGCGGGGGCGGCGCCGGCGGCGAGGGUCCAGAGGGGGCAGGUGCUGGCGCGGGGGGCUGGGGGCUAGCCGAGGCCGCGGCGGCCGCAGCGGCGGCCUCCCUGCCCCCGUUCGCUUGUGGCGCGUGCGCUCGGCGCUUCGACCAGGGCCGUGAGUUGGCGGCCCACUGGGCGGCGCACACCGACGUGAAGCCCUUCAAGUGCCCUCGCUGCGAGCGCGACUUCAACGCGCCCGCGCUGCUGGAGCGACACAAGCUGACCCACGACCUGCAGGGCCCCGGCGCGCCCCCGGCGCAGGCCUGGGCCCCCGGGGCCGCCGGCGAGGGCGGCGAGGCUCAGCCAGCCUGGGACGGCGGGCUGCUCCUGGGCCGCGCCGGGGGCGGCGUGCCUGAGCUGGGGGUGCUGCUCCCCGAGGGCGGCGGCGAGGCGCCCGCGGAGCCGUCGGAAGACACGCUGUACCAGUGCGACUGCGGGACCUUCUUCGCGUCGGCGGCGGCGCUGGCCAGCCACCUGGAGGCGCACUCGGGCCCCGCGGCCUACGGCUGCGGCCACUGCGGGGCGCUGUACGCGGCGCUGGCGGCCCUGGAGGAGCACCGGCGCGCCAGCCACGGCGAGGGCGCAGGCGCAGGCGCGGGCAGCGCAGAGGCGGUGGCAGCGCCCGCCCGCGAGGGGGAGUCUCCGUCCGGGGAGCCCGCGUCUGCCUCAGGCCGCGGCAAGAAGAUCUUUGGCUGCUCCGAGUGCGAGAAGCUGUUCCGCUCGCCGCGCGACCUGGAGCGGCACGUGCUGGUGCACACGGGCGAGAAGCCGUUCCCGUGCCUGGAGUGCGGCAAGUUCUUCCGUCACGAGUGCUACCUCAAACGCCACCGGCUGCUGCACGGCGCCGAGCGGCCCUUCCCCUGCCAUGUCUGCGGCAAGGGCUUCAUCACGCUCAGCAACCUCUCCAGACACCUGAAGCUGCACCGGGGCAUGGACUGACGCGGCCGGGCCUGCGCCCCGCUGUCCGACCUCCCCUCCCCGGCGGGCUGGACUCAAGGCCCGGGCCCCGGGAACCUAGGGACCACGAGGGAGGUCCCCCACUGGCCCUCCAGAGCCAGGCACGGGCCCUGGGAAGAGGGGACCCUGGCUGGAGGACAGGGGACCACCCAGAACCUGCACGGGCCCCUGAGCUGGUGGGCGGCAAGACUAACCUCAAGGGUCCGGGAUCUAUAGAGAGACUCCUAACCUCGAGGCCCCUGGAACACGUGCUCAGCACCCCCAAGUCAAUUGGCCUCUAAUAUGUGGGGACCUGGGGAUGACAAAGGGGUCUCCACAAGUCCUUCUCCUCUUGAGGGCCCUAAUAAUAAAAGAUGGGCACCCCCUUCCCCACCCCAGGGAAGACUGCCCCUCUUCCUAAGAGCCAUCAUUCCAACCACCUAGAUCUGGAGAAUGGGGGCAACCAUGUCCCCGGAUUUCCCUGGAUCCCCCCAAAUGCUACCCACCAGGAGUCACUGGUGCCCCCAGAUAACAGAUAUAGCCGGAAUCUGCCUCCUCCCCUGUCACUUAUACCCUGUGUGGAAAGAGGACCAGGGUAGUUGCCCGGUCUCGCUCCCCUACUGCGGAAUGGAUGGACCCUAAUGAUCUUCCCCGCCCCUCAAAACUUAGAAUAGGCUGGUUCAGAAUCCGACACCCCCCGCCCCCCAUAGGAUGGACUGAUUCGGAUGCACAUAGACUCCACCCCCUGUCCACUGGAAUGGGCGGGUGCGGGUUGCAGCCUGCACCCCACCUCCUCAGAGUGAAUACGGCAGACAUUCCUCCCCUCCCUCCAGCGUGGGGGCCAGUCCACGUCAUUCCCCGCUCUGUGAGCUCAAGAGUGGGGCGUGGGAUUCACCGGGAUAUCCCUCGCUCUGCUGUAGCACCUGUCUUUCCAUCUCUGUCAGUUUGUCUGUGUUCUUCCCAGCGCCAAGGGGAAGGGGGGUUUGGCUGGGGGCGGGGUGUCCCCUGUGAGCCUUGACCUCGCCCCCUCGCCCCACUCCGUAGCUUCUCCUGGACCCCAAUAAACGCUGUCCUUUCAGCCUC